UCCCUCUGGCGGCCGCCCGGAGGCUCCCUCUCUGCCUCCCGCCUUCGGCACCUGGGCCCAGGGAGGAGGAACCUGCAACCGCCUCCGCCGCUGAGACGCGGCGCGCGCCCAGACCCUGAGGCUGUGCAGAACACCACUUAUGUCAGCGGGGCUCUGAAUGGAAGUAGAGGUUAUUUGUGACAUUGUAAUGUUGGGAAGGUCUGCACUGCUUACAGCUGUACAUAGAAGAAGAUUUCCAACUCGAGAUCUAUGUGCUGCUAUUCAUUUUCCAAUGAAGUACAUCCUGGUAACCGGUGGUGUCAUCUCAGGCAUUGGCAAAGGAAUCAUUGCAAGCAGCAUUGGCACCAUACUGAAAUCAUGUGGUCUACGAGUCACUGCAAUCAAAAUUGAUCCGUAUAUUAACAUAGAUGCUGGAACUUUCUCACCAUAUGAGCAUGGUGAAGUUUUUGUACUAAAUGAUGGUGGAGAAGUUGACUUAGACUUGGGAAAUUAUGAAAGAUUCUUGGACAUCAACCUAUAUAAAGAUAAUAACAUCACCACUGGAAAGAUCUAUCAACAUGUAAUCAAUAAAGAAAGACAUGGAGAUUACUUGGGAAAGACAGUUCAAGUUGUUCCACACAUUACUGAUGCUGUUCAAGAAUGGGUGAUGAAUCAGGCAAAGGUUCCUGUGGACAGUGACAAGAAAGAGCCACAAAUAUGUGUCAUUGAGCUGGGUGGAACUAUUGGAGACAUUGAAGGAAUGCCAUUUGUUGAGGCAUUCAGACAGUUCCAGUUUAAGGCAAAAAGAGAAAACUUCUGCAAUAUCCACGUUAGUCUUGUACCACAGCCUAAUGCUACUGGAGAACAGAAAACAAAACCUACUCAGAACAGUGUUCGAGCGCUGAGAGGCCUAGGUUUGUCUCCGGAUCUGAUAGUCUGCAGAAGUACAAAGCCUAUAGAAAUGGCUGUGAAGGAAAAGAUUUCCAUGUUUUGCCAUGUGGAACCUGAACAGGUGAUAUUUAUCCAUGACGUUUCUUCUACUUACCGAGUGCCAAUCCUGUUGGAAGAACAAGGCAUUAUUAAAUAUUUUAAACAGAGAUUAAACCUACCUAUUGAUGACCAACCAAGUGAUCUUCUUUUCAAAUGGAAGAAAAUGGCAGGCAGAUAUGAAAGGUUGCUGAAGAUAUGCUCCAUAGCUCUGGUUGGCAAGUAUACGAAACUAAGUGACUGCUACGCAUCUGUUUUCAAGGCCUUGGAACAUUCAGCUUUGGCAAUUAAUCACAAACUGAAUUUAAUGUAUAUAGAUUCAAUAGAGCUUGAGCAUUCUACAGAAGUUGAGAACCCAGUGAAAUACCACCAGGCGUGGCAAAAAUUAUGCAAAGCAGACGGCAUUUUGGUCCCAGGCGGGUUUGGAUUUAGGGGAACAGAAGGCAAACUCCAAGCAAUCUCUUGGGCAAGAAAAAAGAAAAAACCUUUUCUUGGAGUUUGCUUGGGGAUGCAGCUGGCAGUGGUGGAGUUUGCAAGAAACUCUUUAAACUGGAAAGAUGCAAAUUCUACAGAAUUUGACCCAAACACAAAAUACCCUGUUGUCAUUGACAUGCCUGAACACAAUCCUGGAGAUAUGGGAGGAACAAUGAGACUGGGAAAAAGGAGGACUGUUUUCAAAACAGAAGACUCUGUCCUAAGGAACCUUUAUGGUGAUGAAGAUUUUGUGGAGGAACGACACAGGCAUCGAUAUGAGGUAAAUCCAGAAUUGACUGGCUGCUUUGAAGAGAAAGGUUUGAAAUUUGUUGGCCGUGACACAGAAGGGAGUAGAAUGGAGAUCAUUGAACUGGAAAAUCACCCAUAUUUUGUUGGUGUCCAGUUUCAUCCAGAGUUUUCCUCAAGACCUAUGAAGCCCUCACCUCCUUAUCUUGGUCUCUUGCUUGCAGCAACUGGGACACUCAGUGCAUACUUGCAACGUGGAUGUAAAUUGUCUCCAAGUGAUAGCUACAGUGACCUCAGUGAUGACAGUUCCCCAGAAAAAGAACCUCCUGAUUCAGAAACAAGCUGAACCCCCUGCAUGAGAGCAGAGAAUUGGAGAAUGCUACUGAG